GAUUUCAAACCUCAAAGAUUCUGGUUGUGGAUUCCAUUAAUUAAUCUUCAUCCAUAUUGUUUCCUAGCAGAGGAAGAGGAAAAGCAAAUGGGUAGUCAAGAAUUAGAGGAGGAAGAGUUGGUGCAGAUGGUCCGUGACUUCAUAGAAUCAGAAUCACCAUCAUCCCCCUCCUUUUCUUCCUCACAAGGAUUAGGUACCUUUAAUCAGCAACCCAACUACCUCACUCUACAGGAGAUUCUGGGGAGUGUUGAAGAUACUGAAGAUGAAGUUCACCAAAAAAUCUUGAAAUAUUUGAGAAAUAAGAACACUGCCUGGAAGACUACUAACCUGAAAAAGUGGCUUGUGAUGAGGUUGAGAAUGGAUGGUUAUGAUGCUUCUCUGUGUAGAACUUCUUGGGUCACCACCUACAACUGUCCUGGAGGUGAUUAUGAGUACAUAGAUAUUAUGAUGGACAACGAUGAGAAUGGAGGUGUAGGAAGAUUGAUAAUAGACAUAGAUUUCAAGUCUCAGUUUGAAUUGGCGAGGCCUACUACUUCCUACGCACAACUCACUGAUACACUUCCCUGUAUCUUUGUUGGGUGUGAAACCAAGCUUAACAAGAUUAUUUCAAUCCUUUGCACAGCUGCAAAACAAUCACUGAAAGAGAGUGGUCUCCACGUUCCUCCAUGGAGAGGUACCAAUUACAUGCAAUCCAAGUGGCUCUCAGAUCACUGUCAGAAAGUCCAACCCAUUCCUCGUAUCUCCUCUAACAACAGCUAGAGAUCUGCAGAAAUAGCAAUGAA